GGUGCCACCCCUCUUUGGAUGUCUCCUCCCUUCAAAUGUCUUCUUUGCUCUUCCUACUCUCAGACGCACAGACGAAACUGGAGAAAGAAAGGGAGAUGGCUCUUCUCCAGUCAAAUCAGGAUGUAAUUUCUUCAGCAAUGCACGAGUUUAGCAAAUUGCUGGAUCAGCAGGAAUUCACAAAACCAGCAUUCUCUGAGACAGACAUGGCCACCAUCGUGGAUGACUGGAUAAAGUUCUACCUUUCAUACUACUCGAAAAAGAUGACAGGAAAUGAACAAGAGCAGGAGAGAGCCAUGCAAAAAUUGCAAGAGGAGCUUCGGACUUCUGCCAGCCCUUUUCUGGACAAGUACAGAGCCUUUCUAAAAACCCUUUAAAUUCCCAUGUCUUUCAUUCCAGACCGAGGGUUUCAUUUCUACUAUGUCCUGAAAGCUAAGCCUGUCUACUGAUCUAUUCCUCACCCCUGAAACCUUGUUGUUUCUUGAUUUCCUUUGACCCCAAAAUUUAUAUCUCAAUAAAUAUAUAUACAUGGGAA